UAGAAGAAGCUGCUGCUGCUGGCCUGACGUCAUCUCCCUGAUCCUGUGCGUCAUGCUAACCAAAUUACCCCAGGAGGUUUAUUUAUAGUUAAUACCAAAGAAUAUCUGAGUGUUUCGGUUUGAGACAACACCUCCUGCCGAGCGACCACCUCCACCCAGAGCCACGCGGCAGGAGAAAUCCGCGGGAUAUCGGGCGUCCAGCUCGUUCAGCGGCGUUAUUCCAGCUUCCUGGUUAGCAUAACGUCCCAGCUAGCCCAGCUUAGUGCAGCUUGUGAGCUAAUACACCGAGAGCCGCUUUGAAGCUUUGGGCUCCGUUAGCUGUUUGGAUGGAAACAUCGUAAACUGGGCUGCGUUAACAUGAAAUAACCACUUUAUUGACAAGAGAACACACAAGAGAAAACCACCGGGAGUCGAGAUGCAGCGGUCGAAGAAGGGCGGCGCGGAGGAGGCGACGGUAGAUGUGAAGUUCACAGAUUUGCCAAACGCCCUGAUCGCCUGCAGAGUGCCGGAGGACCUGUUCGGGGAAGGCAUCCUCAAGGGCAGCUUUGAGGCCUUGUUCCGUUCGUUCGACCCAGAAGUGCAGUUCCAGUACUUCAGGUCUUUCCGGCGGGUCAGGAUCAGUUUCAGUGAUGCUCUGGCUGCAGCGGAGGCCAGACUGCGGCUGCAUAAGACUGACUUCAGUGGCAAAGAGAUGAGACUCUACUUUGCCCAGUCUGUCCACAUAGGGAGUCCUCGGCUGGAGCCUCCAAAGCCAGAUAAGCAGUUCCUGAUCUCCCCCCCGGCCUCCCCUCCCGUCGGCUGGGAGCAGUCUCAAGACGCUAUGCCCGUCGUCAACUACGACCUGCUGUGUGCCAUCUCAAAGCUCGGACCAGGGGACAAAUAUGAGCUCCACACCGCCACGCCCACCACCCCCAGCGUGGUCGUCCACGUCUGCGAGGACGAGCGCGGCGACAGCUCGGCCCCCGACGACAGCGACCAGGACGACAAGCCCCGCCCCCAGCGGCCCAAGAUCAUCCAGACGCGGCGUCCCGACUACAGCCCCGAGGUCAAGCAGUGAGCGACGGCACGGGGGGGCAGCAGUGUGAUGACUGUAACAUUCCAUCCUGAUGAGACUGGUCAAGAGCUGAACUCACUCUCUGAGCUUUGAGGGUUUGGCGCCCGUGGGUGCUGAGACGUCCCGUAGACAAGCAUUUCAUAAGAAGGAGAGAAAACAUAAUGUGGAAUGCUGCAUUCAUGUCCCAUGGGAAAGACAGGAGAUAUGAACUACAUAGUUUGUGUAGCCAUCAGUUGAUAUGUACUGUGUGAAUUUGCGUUUUUUUGGAGAUGGAACUGUAGGAAAUGAUGUAUACCACUUUUUUUUAUUUUUUUUAUUGUAGUGUUGCCGGAGACUUUGCUGGAGGUUUGGUUUGUGGUGAUGUUUUUGUGAGAUGAAGCUGGUCAGGUGAAAAUAAAGUCUGUGCAAGAGCCUCGAAGCGGAUGUUGGAUGUUAUUCCCACACGACAUGAAUGCAGCAUCAUUCUGGGAAAAUCAUGUUUGCGUUUUUUGCUCAUCUAAAGUUUGGGAUGUGACGAGCGGACAGAAAAUGAUCCGGCUGUCGAAGUCGAGGAUCUAAACUUAACUCACCGCUGGCAUGUGCUUUUUUUUUUCAGUUCCCCUUCGGUUUGCGUGCUCAUUAGCUCCAAGGUCACGUCGGCGCCGCAGCUCCCUGUUACUCUUAACCGUUGUUAGAUGUGUCGGCGCCUCCUCGGCUGUUGUGCGGCGGACGAGGAGCCCGGUGGAGGCUCGCCUUCCUCGCACUCAGACAGGCUUACACUAAAAACAUGGCUCCUUUAAAAACGACAGUGUUCCCGUAACGAUGUCCAACAGUGUUAUUUGUGGAUUCUUUCCAUUCUCUGCGUCUGUGGUUUGCGUGUAGAUUAGCGAAGAAUUGUUCAAAUCCAGUGGCUUUACGCAGCGGUUUUUAAAAUUUUUUUGGAAUGUAGUUUUAACGCCAAGCCCGUCGCCCGAGGGAAAACUAUUGUAUCUCGUUGUUUUGAAAAAGAAGAAAAAAUAGGGCUAACGUCUUUUUAAUUUUUUUGUGUGUGUUCACCUGGGCAAAAUAAUAUUCAGACAAUGUGUGAGAAAAUCAAAGUGCAGCACAGUGACUCCGGGCCCAGCUCAGCUCUCAGCCUCUUCUUGUGGGUCCUCACUUGAUCACAGUGCUCGUUAGUGUGUGUGUGUGUGUGUGUGUGGCUUCUAGUCAAUGUCUCACUGUAUUCACACAAGCUGUCUGCAUGUUAAAACCAACAUUUGUGGGCAAAUACGCACCAGAAGCAUGUUCUGUGUGUGUGCGGCUGUUACUUUGUUCACUGUUGUCCAAACCGCUCUCUUUCAUGUCAGAGGUGUGUCCGCGGGAAACACUCACUUCUUUCACUCACCGUGUAGAAAGUAAAACCCUGCAACAUGAGUUUUGGUUUUUUUUAAGGAAGCCCCAGUAUAAACAGACGCCUGUUUGUGUGUCACCACUAAAACACAUUCUAUACUGGAAUGAAAUAUUGGAGGUUGAAAGCAGCAUCUUCAUUAUUAUAUCAUCAAGAGGCUCUGGGUCGUAGAGAGGAUCUAAAUUAGAAGGAACCCAUGUUUUUUAUGCUUUUCUUUGACAGGGACGGUGAAGACAGACGAGGACUUUCAGGUCUAUAAUGUCUUUUUAAGGCCUUGUCACUUUAUACUGUGGUUGCAUUUUAAUAAAUACUACAUUUAUAGAGUAUACACACAGAGUAAGAGUUACUGGCGUUUCCUUAGGGGCCUCUGUUAGGGUCUGUUCACAUCUGCACCAAUAUAUAAAUAUAUAUAUUAAUGCUGCUGACACAAACUCCUCACCAAUAAUAAUAAUAAUAAUAACCUUUUACAUGUGUCUAGCACCUUUCAAAUCACAGUUACAAGGCGCUUUAUAAAUACAAAUACAAAAAUAAAGAGGUUACGACAUAUUAUCCUAAUAAUUUGUGUUGAAGAGGCUCCAGCAUAUUUUACAGUGAAAGAACUAAACGCGUCAAUUUACCAGAAUAAGGAGAAUCAACUGUAAACAUGUCGUCUUGGCUCGAACGUGCUUUGUUUAUCAUUUUGAUCUCAUAACGAUUUACAUAAUCUACCAACUUGCGAGUGUGAAUUAAAAAACGGACGGCUGUUGUUUUUUCUGUCUGUUUCUUUCCGACGAUCUUCAUUCAGGGUGAAGGCAGAAUGUGAGCUUGUGGAAGCAGCACUGUGAAACACGACGGCACUGCCAGCCAGUCCGACAGCUCAUCUGUCCCACGCUGUUGCAUAAGGCUCUGUCAAGUUUGGCUACUUUUGUACUACUGGUAUUUUGAGUUGAUUUGUAUCCAAGAGGAAAUAACAUUACUGAGUUACCAUUAAAUAAAAGAUUUUACCAUUGAA